AUUAUUGAUCAGUUGAUUGGAGAUGCAGGUUAUUGAUCAGCUGAUUGGAGAUGCAGAUUACUGAUCAGCUGAUUGGAGAUGCAGAUUAUUGAUCAGCUGAUUGUCUAAACGUGGUCCAGAGAUGUUCAGUUUACCGUCAGAGAGGAAAGGAACCAGAACACAUUCACUGAAGGAGCUGAAACCAGAGUUUCCACUGUUUGUACUUCAAACUGUUGGAACCGAUCAAUGACUGUCUGAAUGACUGUCAUCAUGACCAGCUGAUCCAUUGAUCGCUGCAGCUCCUGUGAAGUGACGACAAGGCGCCUCAGAACACUGAUCACUAAUUAACUGAUUAAUCACAAAGUGUAGAGAUGUAAACAUUCUGUCAGACGUGUUUCUACAGAAUCUUCACGUACCAGUCGGACGGAGCUUCACGAUGCUGAUUGGUCCGGAGCAGGAGGCUCUGAUUGGCCGAGUGUUUGAGUCCUACCUGACAGAGCAUCACCAUGGCGACCUGCUCCAGCUGUCUGCAGGCUCUGAUGAGGACGCCCACCGUCCUGUGGUGGUCAACGCCAUGACGCUGUUCGAAACCAACAUGGAGCUUGGAGAUUAUUUCAACGCCUACCCUGAAGACGUUCUGGCCAUAUUUGAUAAAGUCCUUCACAAAAGAGCCACGGAGCUUUCAGAUGAUUCUUCUCCCAAACGCAAAGAUCAGCGAAUGAGACGAACUCUUCACGCCAGAAUCACAGGUCAGAAUCCAGCUGAAGUCCAGAUGUUCAGAGGCAGCAAUGGUUCUGUUCUGGAGUUUGAGCGUGACUACAUGUGCACCAAGUGUCGCCAUGUUUUCACGGUUCAGGCUGAUUUUGACCAGUUUUACACCUUCGUUCCUCCGCUGAGCUGCUCCAACCCGACUGGAUGUAACUCCUUUAAGUUCAGCUGCCUGUCGGAGGGCUGCGAGCCUGCAGCCUGCAGGGACUACCAGGAGAUCAAGAUCCAGGAGCAGGUGCAGCGGCUGACGGUGGGCAGCAUCCCGCGAUCAGUGGUGGUGGUUCUGGAGGACGACCUGGUGGACAGCUGUAAAUCAGGAGAUGAUGUGACGGUCUAUGGGGUGGUGUGUCAGCGCUGGAAGUCUCUGUAUGAAGGUUCUCGCUGUGAGGUGGAGCUGGUCCUCAAAGCCAACAACAUAGAGGUCAACAACCAGCAGACGGCCGCUGCUUUGCUCGUCAAGGAUGUUCAGAAGGAGUUUGAAGAGUUCUGGCAGAGCUUCAGAACCGACCCCAUCGCUGGCAGGAACCACAUCCUGUUGAGUUUGUGUCCGCAGGUUUUUGGCAUGUACGUGGUUAAACUGGCGGUGGCCUUGGUGCUGGCUGGAGGCGUUCAGAGAGUCGAUUCCUCUGGGACCAAGAUCAGGGGUGAGUGUCACAUGCUGCUGGUUGGAGAUCCAGGAACAGGAAAGUCUCAGUUCCUGAAGUACGCAGCAAAAAUCACGCCUCGGUCCGUCCUCACAGCUGGAAUCGGAUCAACCAGCGCAGGACUGACGGUGGCGGCGGUGAAGGAUGGAGGUGAAUGGCACCUGGAGGCCGGAGCUCUGGUUCUGUCUGAUGGGGGUUUGUGCUGCAUCGAUGAAUUUAACAGCAUCAAGGAACACGAUCGUAUCAGCAUCCAUGAAGCCAUGGAGCAGCAGUCCAUCAGCGUGGCCAAAGCCGGGAUGGUCUGUAAGCUCAACACUCGGACCACCAUCCUGGCAGCCACCAACCCUAAAGGCCGCUACGACCCCAGCGAGCCGCUGUCUGUGAACGUGGCCCUGGCCAGUCCUCUGCUGAGCCGCUUUGACCUGGUUCUGGUUCUGCUGGACACCAGGAACCCAGAGUGGGAUUGCAUCAUCUCCUCCUUUAUUCUGGAGGACAGAGGCCUGCCCGCUGACUCCUCCGCUCUCUGGUCCAUGGAGAAGAUGAAGGUCUACUUCAGUGUGAUCAAACAGCUGCAGCCACAAGUUUCCGAUGAGGCCAACUGCAUCCUAACACGUUACUACCAGCUGCAGCGGCAGAGCGACGGACGCAACGCUGCACGAACAACCAUCCGCAUGCUGGAGAGUCUGAGCAGACUGGCUGAAGCUCAUUGCAGACUCAUGUUCAGAGAGACGGUGAGCAUCGAGGACGCUGUGGUCGCCGUGUCUGUCAUGGAGUGCUCCAUGCAGGGCGGCGCUCUGCUGGGAAAUGUGAAUACGUUGCUGACCUCAUUCCCGGCCGACCCGGAGCUGCAGUACCAGACUCAGUGUCAGGUUCUGCUGGAGGGACUGAACCUGCCGCUUCUGCUGCAGAAGGAGAUGGACCGACUGGACAGGCUGAAGACCAGCAGCUCAGAUGGAUCCCAGUUCGACCCUCUGACUGGAAACCAGCAGCGUCCAGUCAACAUCAUCACACCGGAGAGGCAGAACAUGAGCCUCAUCACUGCAGACCACAUCAUUACAUCCACUCAGGAGAACCCACAGACGGACACAUCUGUGGAGAACCAACAGAACCUUCUGACAAACAAAGCUUCAGGUUCUGUAAAAACUGUCGCCUCAGUGACAGAAAACACAAAAUCUCAGAGACAGAACGAUGAAAGUCCUCCAGAGUCGCUGCCGUCUGUGUUGCAGAAGGUUUCUGAGGAUGUGACAUUCAGGCAGCAGCUGAGCCAUCGUCAUCAUGCACAGGGGGCGGGGCCUGUACAUGGGGCGGAGUCUGUACAUGGGGCGGGGCCUGCACAGGGGGCGGGGUCUGCACAGGGGGAAGGUAGAACUGCUGCCUCUAAACUCUGCUCCCCAAAGGUCCUCGAUCAGAACAAACUGUCCACUGGUCCAGAGAGUCAAUGUGAGCAGGAAGAUGGCAGCGACCCGAUGAAGAGCUUCAGAGCGGUGCUGAAGAACCAGACGGCAGCUGAAGGACCAGCUGACCUGCAGGCGAAGCUGUCGGGCUUCAGGUUCAGACCAACCAAGAUGAGACCUUCAGUCACUCUAAGACCAGAGAUUCAAACAAACUCCCAGAACCCAGUUAGUCCUUAUGAUUCAGCCACACAGCACCAACAGAACCAGGUCCAGCGUGUUGUCGAGGUCAGACCGAGCAGAGAGCAGAGUGAAGCCAGAACCGGUUCUACAUCAACACAACUGGACCCGUUCGUGGCACAAAGAAGAAACAACACAGCAGCUGUGAGUCCACAGAGAAGCAGAACAAACACGAAUAAAGAGACCAAAACGUUCACAGCUUUAAAACCAAACUCUGAUGGUCCGCUCAGAUCCAGUCUGGGCAGCAGAACCGUGGCCUCGUCCACUCGGGCUAAACUGUCCAGGUUCUCCUUCACCUGUGCAGGUGAAUCCACGACCGGCACUGAAGAAGAAGAAGAAGAAAGAGGCGACGCUGGACGUUUAAGGUCAAAGGCAAAGAGAGCACUGAGUUCCCCCAACAGCAGCCCGUCUGGAAAGAGGACCAGAACCCAGCAGGUUCUACCCCCCUCAACCGCAGGACAAAACAACCAAGAACCUCAGACUGACGUCGAGUCCAGAACAAAGCAGCCAGAGCUCCGACAGACCGAGCAGCACCGAACCAGACAGAGUGAUGGUCAGGCUCCCUGUAUGCAGAGCCAAAGGGCUUUCAGACUGGACCCUCCAGCAGGUUCUGAAGGUUCUGCAGCUCUGUUCACAGGACUGACUCUGUUUGGAUCUGCUGAGCUCACUAAUGAUGUUCUGGACACCGACUGGGACCAAGAGGUUCUGAAGAAAAGCUGAAACCAUCAGCUGCGAGUGUCGAUAAAGAACUUUAUCUCUGAAGAGCAGAACUGCACCAAUUAUUAAAGUGAUCAGCUGAUAAUCAAUAA